UUCAGAUUAGCCAAUUUCUGGUCCACUUCAAAUAAAUUGCUUGCUCCUUCCUCAAACGGCGAUGCCAAUUCUGAUAGCUCUAGCCAACAUGCUGACGGCGCUGCUCCCAAUGACGGUGCUGGAGGCGCUCUUGAAGAAGCUCGUUUUCGGUAUAAAAAUGCCGCGGCUGGACUUCGGACUAUUCUCGCUGCAAUCCCAAGCUCCCAGAAGGUAAACACAUUUGACAGUGGUUCAGCUGAUAGCCCUACGGAUGAAGCUGAAAUCGAGAAGUUGGAAGAGCGAGCCUCUUCUUUAAGAAAGGAACUUGCCAACAAGAACUUGCACCUGAAUAUACUCUUAGAUCAACUUCAAGAACUUAUCACUGACAUAUCAACAUGGCAGUGCUUUUUCAACAUGAUGUUGGCAGUGCUUGCAUUUGUACAGUAAAUGGAGUCUCCAUCAAGAAAUAUCUCAUGUCACUCUGUAAUGGAAUUCUGCAUGUAGCAGCAACGAUGAUGACAACCCACUGGUGGGUUUGAUUAUAAUCCAAAUACUGUGUUAUUACUAUGUAUCCCACUGCUUAGAAAGUAGUGUUUGUCAACACUGUUCUGUAUGACUUCUGAUUUCUUAAGCAUGGCCCCCUUAUUCAAGUUUAGAAAAAAUUGUUUGCAAGAGCAAUUAAAGACCUACAGCACUGCCAUCUCACUGGGGCAAAUAUAACUCAUGUACAAUAACAAUUUGUAACUGACUUCAAUCUCAGUUUAGAAGAUACCAAUUACAGCAUCCAGAGUCGAACCAAACUAUUUUAAGCCUUUAAGAGCAAGACAUAACAGUGGACCGAGAUAAAUCUUUAGUAUCACACGGUCCAGGUCCACAUUAGUCAUACUUGUCAUUUACCCUAAACAACAUAAUUGAAUGCAAGACUAACUCAAUUGCAAAAUACAAGUCCCCACAUUGUUAUACCUUACAAUGCAAAUGUGCCAUUAACCAUGCCACUUCAAUCAAAGGUAACACACUUAUACCAGCCACCCUCCGUGCCAGCAAACAGCAGCAGUAACUACCAAAAAACUUUGCAGAGAAAAUAACGAGCAAAAAAUACUUCAAUAUUCCCGAUCUUAAACAUCUUUUGCAGGUAUGUAUGUUGACUCCAAAAGUGAGUACAGGCACUUCCAUGAUGACAAGUAUCUUUUCGGGCGUAUGACAAGCAUCCAAUUGUACAUGUAAUUGUAAACUUCAAUCUAUCAUUCUAUCCUAAUAGAAACAUAUACUCUAAAAUAAGAAAGCGUAACACCACAAAUUAUGCUUCAAAUUCCUCUACAUGUGACGACUCCUUCGACAGUAACAAUUAUCCACUACAUAAGACUAAUUCCAAAAUCACACUCUCAAUCCUUGACAUAGAACACAUUGGACAACACUUGUUUAACCAGACCAUAGACAGCAACAAUAGAAAUGAAAUAUCUGUGUUGAUUCUUCUAGUACUGCUAAACCCAUCAUAUACUGAACUUCAGCUCACAUGAUUCGACACAUGGGAGCUACAAAACCUCAAGGCUUCAAUGCUGAGUUCCAGACCAUGACCAACAGAAUAACAACCAUAACCAGACAAAAAUCACAGCAAUAAUUAUAUAAAACAUGAAAUAUUAUCAAUGAAAGAUAGAUAAAUUGAAGAAUUCCAGCACACUAAAUUCUUAAGUUAAAGAUACUGCAGAAAUGUUUUCUCCAAGUAAAAGACAGAAAAGCACAAGUAAUAAAACCUACAUAUGCCAGUCUAAAUUUAACAGUAUAUCCAGAAUUGCAAAUAAAAGACCAUUAACAUGGCAUGCAUACA